UGAUUUGAGUAAUUGCGGACUCUCGCCUUUGCGUUUGAUGUCACUUUAUGACCUUGUUUUUGACACACUAUGCCUGUGUUUUUAUUAUUAAUGGAUGCACGGUGAAUUGCAUUUUAACCGACAGAUAUACCGAAUUUAAACUUUUGCGUUUCUUGCGGGAAUUAUAACUAUGUAUAUCUAAUAAGAUGUAUUUUGUAUUUUUAAUAUUACCUCUGUAGAAAAUGAUAGGCAAAGAUUUCGUUUGUUUAUAAUUACGUGGAAGUAGGUCAUAAAUUGUUCGUUGAGCAUCAUUGUGUUGGCGGAUUCAUUAUUUGAUCACAUGGAGAUCUCAAUAGCUGAGGCUGAAAAACGAGCUAACGGAGCAUUGAAUUUAAGAGAAUUUUAUACAGUCUACCUCAUUGAGACUAAAGUUACUGAUCCUGAUUUUAAAGGUGCGCUCACUAAAGUAAGUUCUUUGUGGCGUCGAUACACAGAAUUUGAACUGCUUCGAGCUUAUUUAGAAAUUUCGUACCCUUAUAUUGUACUGCCUCCAUUACCAGAAAAAAAAGUAUUAUAUGCGUGGCAAAAAGUUACUACUGAUACAUUUGAUCCAGACUUUGUUGACCGGCGUAGAGCAGGUCUUGAGAAUUUCCUUUUGAGGGUAGCUUCGCAUCCUAUACUGUCUCGUGAUGAGCAUUUUAUGGGGUUUCUACAACAGAAGGAUGGCUGGAGGGAAAGCAUUAAAGAGACUGGAUACUUACAGUUAGCAGAAUCAAAACUAAAAGCACUGAGUGUAGCAGUGCGAUUAAGGAAACCAGACAAACGUUUUGAAACAAUAAAAAACUAUGGAAUUGAACUUCAGAAUAAUUUAUGCAAUCUUCUCCGCGUACGAGCGCGAUUAGUAGAAAAGCAAUACACUUUGUACAAACUACAUGCAAACUAUGGUCGUGUGUUCAGUGAAUGGAGUGCCAUAGAGAGGGAUAUGGGUGAUGGAUUACAGAAAUCGGGCCACUAUCUGGACUCUCUAGCAGCAAUGAUAGACACAAUUCUUGAAGAGGAAGAAUUAAUAGCAGAUCAACUAAAAGAAUGGUUGUUUGGCGCGUCCGCGCUACAAGCAGUAGUUAGACGAAGGGAAGCUUUACAGUUAUCUAAAGAUGAAGCUCAUGAUGCCUUAACUACUGCAGUUGACCAAAAAGAAAAAGUCAUGCAAGGUAAAUCAGGCUUAAUGUCACGAUUAUUUGGUUCCGUGGAUACGGAGGAAGUUCGUGAAUUAAAAAUACUGCAGCUAGAGCAAAGAAUUGCACAGCACGAAGAAGUUGUUAAACAAGUAGAUGAAGAUCUAAAGUCUUUCUCCAUUAAAGCAAUGAUGGACAUAGAGAGAUUUCAACAUCAAAAAGUGGUGGACUUAAAGGAAAUUCUGGCAACUUAUUGCAUAUUGCAAUUUAAGCUUGCUAGAAAGGGACUCCAAGCUUGGCAGCAUAUCAAAGGCUGCCUCGAAAGUAUGCCAUAAGAGUCUUUUCUUAUUUUAGCUGACAAAGAACAAUAACUGUUCUCACAUCUCUCGCGCGAUAUACAUUCCUAUAUUUGUAAACUCACUCGUAAUGUACGCUUAUUACUACAUGAAUGUACAAGAUUGUUUCUAUUAUUUAAUGUUAGAUUAGAUGAUAUUAUUUAUAUAUACAUAUAUAUAUACACACACGAUUCAUGUUGGAUAUAUAGAUAUGUGAAACAUUAUUUAAUAUUUAUAUGUAUUUAGUAUGCUUUGUUAUAUAUGUAAGACACAGUUAACCGGAUAUGUGAAUGUUCAGACGGUACUUAUGGAUCUCAUCAAUCAAGACCUGGUUUAUACGUAUUAUAAACCGCCAAAAGAAAAUUUCAUGCAUUUAAUUGAUGAAAGUUCGAAGUACGUAAUUGUUGGUGUAACCCUUUUUAUACACUAUCUUCUAUCUGCUCAAUCGGCUAUUCAAUUCUAUCGUUGUCGACAAAAUGUUUGAACUGUA